GAAACCGAGAGAACGUGUGUACAAGUGCUCAUGUAAAAGCAGAUUAAAAACACAAGAUGGCUUCCUGAAUGGGCUGCUGGAACACAGACGAGAGGAAGAGAGCGAGCGAGCGAGCGAGCGAGGGAGAGAAAGACAAGAGGAGAAGCCAGGGACAGAGGUGAAGAGAGGAGGGAGCUUCUGAUGGGGAUUUGGCCGGCGGACGGAGGACUACACAUCAAGAGAGACUUGAAGGGUGGAAUAUUUUGAAGACACUACUCCAGGCUGCUUGGGAAACCCUGGACUGACAACUCAGACCAUUUCCAAAGUCACUUCAGUGGAUGGCCCCAAAAGUGGUGGCCAGAUGGAAAUUGGGUCUCAUGACCGCCUCCAGGAAGGCAUGUUGAGUCUGGAGUUGGCCAGCGGUGGGAAUCAGUAUCCUAACAAUGAGCGGCCAGCCACAGAAUCAGAGCAGGAGACUUCCAGGAGCAUGCCAAGGGAGCGCUGGGUGCUAGGGCCAGACAAAGUCAGUGACGCCCAACAACAAGCGUGCUGGAACAACGGUGCGUCCCUUGCUGAACCGGACCAUCAUGCAGAUACAAAGGAUGUCAACAAUCUGGUGGCUUUUUCAAACAUUGCUGGCUCACUGCCUCCAUCCACUCCCUCCACAUGCCACAGAAUGCAGCCAAACACGACGCAGUUGUAUGAAAAAUUCACACAGGAGAUGGGUGCUGACGGUGCUGAGUCCAAACGGUCUGUGGUGUCUCAGCACCCAGAAGAUCUGAACACCCUGCAGACUGCUUUGAGCCAAGCCAAACAUGGCAACAAACCCCCGAACUGUGAUUGUGAAGGGCCCGAUUGUCCAGACUACCUGGAGUGGCUGGAGAAGAAGAUAAAAUUGGCUAACAGGGAGGAGCCGGGCGCCGCUAAAACAGUGGAUGCUCCUCAACAGCUACAUGCUCACCUGCCACAGCAAACUGAGCACCGUCACUUGGUCAAUGGGAGCCACCAACUACCAGCCCAGUUCCCUCACCAACAACACAUACAUCAAAGUAUCGACAAAGUGCCCUGCUCCAAGCCCCCCAUUCCCUGUUCUCCACAGGUGCUAUCGAUAGCUAAGGAAAAGAACGUCAGCUUGCAAACAGCCAUUGCUAUAGAGGCUCUCACUCAGUUAUCCGGCACUGGGCCACAAUCUGCUGGGUCGUCUUCUUAUAUGCAUCAGAAGAUUGCGUCCCAAACUCCCAGUAGAAAUGGUUUCAUACCGUCCAACCCAGGCACUUGCACAUCAUCCUCGCGUUCACAAUCCGUCCCCCCAGGUCUUAACACUGGUCAGCAGACUUCCUUUGAGUAUCACAGGCCUCAGUCACAGGGCCAGCCUCUCCCAUGUUCUACCUCUCCCGUACCAGGCAGUGGUCAACGUCAAGACUUGGGCUCGAAUCCCCAACAGUGGCAGCAAGUCUCAGGCAAGGGUUCUGAAUAUCUGAACGCAUGGAUGGCUGCAAAGUCAAACUACACCUCCGCAUCGCCCUCCGAUCCAAUGUCCGAGCUGAAACAACUGCUGGGUGACAAUAGUGGCAAGUUUAGCAAUUUCAAGCUUCCAGUCUCGCAGCAUGUAACCCAUAAUGGAGGCUUCCAGGAGAGGGUGAGUCCAGCACUGGCGAGGGUAAAGCAAGAGCCAGAGACGGGUGAUGGCUUCCAUCACACUGCACCGGGCCAUUACAACAAGGGUAACGGACAAGACCAGCACUUCUACGGAAAUAGCCUGACUCCUGGUCAAACAGCCAUCAGCCAUUCCACUCAGGCAGCUUUACAACAGCACCUUAGCUACAAAAGGAACCUCUUUUCAAACCAUCUGCCUGGCUUCGGAACACCGGGGGCGUGUGCCCCCGUGGCUUGUCAAAACUUGAAAAAAUGGUGGCCACAGAUGGAAAAUGUAGACCUGCCUCCCAUGGCCAUCAAACAGGAGCCCAAGGAGCCCAAGAAGAAAAGGAGCACGCAAGCAUCUCCUUCAGCUAAAGCGAUAAGCGGGUUGCUCGCAGGUCCUCUGCUGCCGAAACCCAAACAGAUAGUCAUUAAAAAGACAAAGCAGCGAGCCUCUAUGCCAACAUUUCUGCCUCAGUCACAGAUUUCCAUACAAAAACCACCAGUCAGCAUGAUGAGCAGAGCCACAGCUCUCACUGGCCUGCAAGAAAGUCCUCUGCCUCUCCAUGGUAACUUCCCACAGGCUGUUGCUGCAGGCCUCCCCACCCAAACCCAAUCUCAGGUAUUUAUUUCUACCCCAUCAGCUACCCCCUCGUACAAUACUACUGCUCAGCUUGAGAACACUUCACUUCACGUGGGCGCGCUGCCUGCACCCCAUACUAAGUCAGAGGCCGCAAGCUCUCUCGCCUCUGGUAACACUAACACCACCCCAACUUCCCUGUCCACUUCGAGUACCUCACAACUACAAAGUUUGAUGAGCAUCGAUCCAAAGUAUGAAGAUUUGAUCCGACAGUUUGAAGCUGAAUUUGGUGAAUCCCCCGGUGAGACGCAUGUCAGCCAACCAUUGGAGACAAACGCAGCCCCUCAGAUGAGUAAUCCGUCCCAGAGUGGUACUCAGGAUUUAAGUCUCUCAAAAUCCACCACCUGCCAGAUAUCUGCGUCUAGCGCUUCUUCUGUUUCGGCUGAGCCAAACAACGAAGUGACCCAAAGUACAGCAGGCUUCAGCCAGGUUUCCACUGAGACGCCACCGGUGGAGCAUCCGAAUCCUCAGCCAUCCGACUCCCUAGAAACCACCCGUGCUAAGGGGCAACUGUCCAGUUUAGAUGCAACCUUCAGCAUGCCAGGUUCCCCACUUCCAAAACGCAUGAAACUUGAAGCCUCAGGGGACAUAGCAGUUCUCUCCACCACCUGCUACUCUGAAGAGGACACACCCACGAAGGAGAGCUUUCCCUCAUCUCCAUCUCUUAAGGGAUUUCUGGAGUCGCCUCUCCGCUACCUGGACAGCCCUACUAAGAGCCUGUUGGAUACUCCCUCCAAGGACCUGCAGGCAGAGUUCCCCACCUGCACUUGUGUGGAUCAAAUCCUGGAGAAAGACGAAGGGCCCUACUACAACCACCUGGGAUCUGGACCUACCGUGGCCUCCAUAAGAAACCUCAUGGAGACAAGGUACGGUGAGAAGGGUGAGGCAGUUCGCAUUGAGAAGGUGGUCUACACAGGCCGGGAGGGGAAGAGCUCGCGAGGGUGUCCCAUCGCUAAGUGGGUGAUUCGUCGCGGCAGCGAGGCUGAGAAGCUGCUGUGUCUAGUCCGCCACCGUGCGGGCCACCACUGCGAGAACGCCGUCAUCAUCAUCCUCAUCAUGGCGUGGGAAGGUGUCCCCAAGCUUCUUGCUGACAAGCUCUACCGGGAGCUCAGCGACACCCUCACCAAGUACGGCAACCCCACCAGCAGACGUUGUGGCCUCAACGACGAUCGUACCUGUGCAUGUCAAGGCAAAGACCCUGACACUUGCGGUGCUUCCUUCUCCUUCGGCUGCUCUUGGAGUAUGUACUUCAAUGGCUGCAAGUACGCCCGGAGCAAACUGCCACGCAAGUUCAGGCUGCAGGGAGAGCGUCCUGAAGAGGAGGAAAAACUCAGGGAUAACUUUCAACAUCUGGCGACAGAGGUGGCUCCCUUGUACAAGCGACUGGCCCCACAGGCCUACAGCAACCAGUGCCUGUCUGAGGCCAAAGCUCCUGACUGCAGACUGGGAUUGAAGGAAGGACGGCCCUUCUCUGGAGUCACUGCGUGCAUGGAUUUCUGUGCUCACGCCCAUAAAGACCAGCAUAACCUGUACAACGGUUGCACUGUGGUGUGUACUCUUACCAAAGAGGACAACCGGAAGGUGGGUGAGAUUCCUCCAGAUGAACAGCUCCACGUGCUGCCCCUUUACAAGGUCUCGCUCACCGAUGAGUUUGGCAGCGAGGAAGCCCAGCGGCAGAAGAUGCAGACAGGGGCCAUUCAGGUGCUUCAAGCUUUCCGCAGGGAGGUUCGCAAGUUGCCGGAGCCUGCCAAGUCCUGCAGACAGCGCCGCCUGGACGCCAAGAAGGCGGCAUCGGAGAAGAAGAAAAGCAAACUCCUUCAGCAAUCUGGUCAAACGCCUGAUAAAACAGUGGUGAAGACUGAGCUCUCUGUCACCACUUCCCCACAACCUCAAGGCAAUAAAGCAAUUAUAAAACAAGAAGUGAAGCCCAGCAUAAAGAAGGAGCCUUACAACGGAUCAAUCGAUGAGUUCAACGUUCAUCCACACCCGGCCUACUAUGCAAGGGGAGGCCUCCCCCCGACUGGUCAACCCCCUGCAGCAGACCCUGUGAACGGCUACCACCACAAUCUACCCCCCAUGCACUAUAACCACUACAAUUAUCCCCCCAAUGCACUUUUCCCGUCAAAGAUGAGGACCUACGAAGGUCGCCAUGGCUCUUUGAACAAAGUGGGCGCCAAGCCUUUCCCGGUAGACAGAAAGCCAGAUGUUCACAGUCUUCAGGCGAGAUUGGCUCAGUCAUAUCCUGAGCAGAUGGCUCCAGGCAUGGACGCCCAAGCUCCAGACUACAGCCACUCGCGCCCUUCGUCUGUGUCGUCUGAGCCUGGUAGCCGAAGCACUCCGAUCAUCAAGCAGGAGCCGAUGGAUGUUGCCGUAUAUGAAGGCACGGUGCCGAGCCGCUCGGGCGCAAGCACUCCCAGCACCACCCCUCAGCCUGCUCCCUGGCCUCAGCAGACGUUCAGUAGUGGCGGGAGCUGGGACCAUCCUCCGAAUCCAAAACAAAGCACUGAAGGGCCAUCAAUGAACCUGGACAGGCCACAGUCUCACCAGCAUCGCCAGCCUUCUCCCUAUCCGCAACCAUGGACAUCAUUACCUCGCCCCAAUGCAGCAAUGGCGUCCCCGGCCCCCUCCCCGUCGUUGCAUAUGCCACCCUCUCCUUGUCCCUCUCCUCACUUGGGUUCAGUGAGACCGUGCAUCAAAAACCAAGGCUCUUCUCGCCCUUCCACGCCAGGCCCUGGUACCCCCCAUCCAGGCACGCCGCAGCCAGAUCCUUCUCACUCAGGCCCGCCCACACCACAGCCAGGGACUCCCAGGCACUGGGCCAGCCCCGCUCCUAGCCCCCAGCCAAACGCUUGGCCAGUCGGGCACGCUGCAUAUAGUCCUCAUGUGAAGCACAGAGAAUCCACUGGGGCCUACCCAGACAAUAUGUGGUCCAAAACUGUGGAGAGUCGCUGUUCCACCCCUCUUGGGCUUCAGGAAAAUGCCUGGAAGUCUUGUGGGGGUUCCUUUGCGGGCAGUACCCCGUCUCCUGCCCCUGAGGGCCGUCUUUUCCCUGACGCCCUGCAGCAACAGUCCGAUCAGGCCUGGAACCCCAGUCGAGCCGAGAGCGACGUCGAGAGCACCAAAGGCCGAGAGGAGGACGACGAUGAGGUUUGGUCGGACAGUGAGCACAACUUCUUGGAUCCUAACAUCGGUGGUGUGGCUGUCGCACCGGCUCAUGGAUCCAUCCUCAUCGAAUGUGCUCGUCGAGAACUCCAUGCCACCACGCCACUCAAAACCCCCGAUCGCUCCCACCCCACGCGCAUUUCCUUGGUCUUUUACCAGCACAAAAACCUGAACCAGCCCAUGCACGGCUUGGCUGUGUGGGAGGCCAAGAUGAAGCUGCUGGCUGAGAAGGCCCUGCAGAGGCAACAGGAAGCAGCUCUCCUCGGCCUCUCCCAGGAGGACAUAAAGGCCCUCGGCAAGAAGAGGAAGUGGGGUACCAUGGCGGCAGGGGCCUCAUCAGGACCUGGACAAUCUAAAGACAAGCGGGAAGGGCCGGCCACUCGGUUGGCCUCCACGUUUUACACCUCCUCCACGGUUACUGUGUCUCCUUAUGCCUUCACGCGCCUCACUGGGCCGUACAACCACUUUGUGUGAGGUCAGACACACAAAUGUAGACGAAGAUUGAGUGGUACCAUUGCUGUUGUGGAGAAGGAGUUGAGCAGGAUGAAUGUUUCUUCUGACAUCUCAGCAUCCAGCUCCCUCUGGUGUGGAUAGGGGACAUUUUUAUUGUUUUUACCUCAUGUCAGGCAGUGGUUUGGCCUCCAGACACACUUGCCUGUGGUGCUCUUCCUCUCUCUCCCUGUGAGAGGAACUUCAUUCUUUUAUUUCCUUGUCCAUAGAAUUUUAAUGAUUCUAAUUAUUGCUAUUGUUAUCAAUAUUAUUAUGAUCGCUAUUGUUACUGUCAAUGUUGUUAUUACAGGUAUUAUUAUAAUGAAGACAUGUUUUUUUUUAUAAUUGCUGUUUCCAUUAAUGUUAUUAUUAAUGAUGUGAUUUUACUUAUAUAUAUAUAUAUAUUUUUAAAUCAAUCAGUCUGAGUCUGUCAGACAGUUUCCUUUUUCCAUGUUUGGAAAUCUUAAGUAUAUAUUUGGUUUUGUCUCAGUCAACUGAUACCUGGAGGAGGAGCCAUUAUCGCUGUGGCUUGGAAGCAAAACAGCACGUUUUUAGGAUCUGUCUAUGGCCGUCGCCACUCAAUUUAAUGUCCUUCUUAACUCUAAAUUAUUUAAAAUCCUAACUGUUGCCGAUGCCGACGAGUGGGUGUGGGAUAAAGUUUGGUAUUUAUCUUGAAAACAUUGUCACUUUAGAGCCUCACCAUACGAUGUUUAAGGGUGAGGAUGCUGAUCUGACCCAAUUGGAAUUUGGCCCCGCAGCUUGCCAUGUGCUAGUGAGCUCCUCCUCCGCCUCCUCCUCCUCCCCAAACACCCCACGCCGCUUCGUACAGGUGCUCGAAAUCAAGCUUGUAUCAGCGUUUUUUAAGCGUGUUUGCUCAUUAACGAAACUUGAUACUGUAAUCUGGUGCUUUUUUUUUUUUAUUUAAAUCUGGCUCAUCUUGGCUCUGAAGGUGACGCAAACCUCUCGCUACAUGACUGUGAAGCUUUGGGAGAGACAUUUGGUUCUGAGUCACAAGAUCACUCCAGCUAAAGCAACCAGCCGGAUAAAUCUCCGUCGACAUCCUCUUCUUCAUUGCUUAUCCCAUCCACAAAUUUGUAGUUUUUAAAUUGACAUCAUUUUAUACUCCCUGUUUUCAGAUGCUCCAAUUUCCUCCCGCAGAGUAAAGCUUAUGUGUUAACAGGUGACUGAGUGGACCGUUCUGUCUUCACAGUGUCCACCUGUACAGGUCUGUACUGAAUUCAAGAGUCCAAGAAUAGAUUCAAAUAUAAAAAGAAAGUUGUGCUAUAAGGACAAAUGAGGGCACUUUUCAACUACUGAUCGACAAUGAGGAAGAGGAGAGACGGAAGAGAAAUGUCACUGAAAGUCACUGAUGUACACCAGGUUUGACUUCCAAAGCUUCUUCAAAGUCAUGUAGUGAAGCGUCGCCACUGGGGGAAAAGAAACGGGGCUCCACUCACUAACUGCUACAAGGUGCUAUUAAUGCAGCUAAGUCAAGAGCCAGGUGAUGGGUGGCGUCAGUUUCAACAGGGGCUGAGCACCGUCGGCGUUUACACAAGACUCCCGCUACUCUGUAAGUCACUGUAAGUCCAAGGCAAGUCAAGCUCGCUGCUUUUACCAUCCACUGCCACAUCCAGGAGGCGCUGCUGCUCCCAGCUCGUGCUGCGCUGCUCACUUUAUGCAUAUGACGGAUCGUGUCGUUGUCCAGCGGUGCAAAGUUGAAACACUUUUUCUCUGGAGCUUUGGGUGGUGCUACGCUCUGGUGCUCUCCUACUACACUUGAUCCAGUGGAAGUGCGGUGGUCCUUCCUCUGCUCGGUGCUCUCAUCCAGAGGGCAGAGCAAGGUCACCGGGCGGAACAAGUCGAUGUUGUUCCUCUUCACUGAAGGUCAUGUAUUCAGCACAGCCAAGCAGUGUCAUUUAUCACGUCCACACAGGAAGGCAACAAUAGCUUCUGACAGCGAGAGCCGGCUUGUGAAACCAUCGCUCGGUCGAGCCAAAGACCUAAUGUCCCUUGAAGUACUCACUGGAGAAGUACAGUUAAAAUCAGUGGCGAGGUCAAAUGGCUAGGUCGCCCCACCACUCCCGCCCCCGACCCCCCCGCCUCCGGGGUGGUGUUCAGUCUCUUCAAUAACAACAUUCACUUGCUGAGGUGUGAUGACUGUUUCCCCCCUCUGUGUGUUUUUAAUCAUUUUAUUUAUUAGAUCACGGUGAAGAAGACUGUCUGAUGUUGUUUUUCUUUUUCCACCUUUUUUAUAUAUAGCGAAUACAAAUUGUACAUAGAGAAGAAAAGAUUUAUAAAAGCACUUUGUAUCUCAAUUUUAAUGACAAAAAGAAAGAGCCAAUUAUCGACAACUUGAAGCUUUGUUUUUGUUUUUUUGUCGUUGUUGUUGCUGUUUUGUUUUCCCUCCAGAGAAAUGUUAAGAGAAGUGUAAAUACUGAAAUAUUUAGGUAAGAUUAUUUAACUGGUGAAAAUAGUAACUCAACCAUGAUAUUUUUUGGGUUCUUUUUUUGACAUCGGUUCUUGACACUUGAUCCCCAAAUGUUGUGUAUGUGCUUCGUAACACUGCUGUUUUGCUCUCACAAGUACUGUAAACCGCCCUGUUGGCAUGGAAGAAGAGAAUCUCCGAACUUAUCUGUUUCUUUCUGUUCUCAUCCUGUCAUCAGCGGAAACUCUGGAUUGAAGAGAUGUGUCCUGCAGCAAAGCACAAAACAGGAGGGAGGCUUUAGUGCAGCGGUCUGAAGAUAUGUACGCGCCGCACUGAGCUUUUCAUCGUGAAACAAUUCGACCCCCCUUUCAGUAACCUUGGCAACUAAUACCUCUUAUGUUGAAGGUUAAAAGUGCUCACUGUGCUUUGUGUGAGCCUCAUUGACCUGUGUAAAAAUACAUAUGAUAAAGAGGUUUACACCCUGACGGAACACCUGGGCCGAUGAAUUAUUUUCUGAUCUCCCAGCAAAGCCUGGAGAUCUAGUAUAAAACGAUCACAGCAGUGGGAAGGUGUUGGACGGGGCUGCUCCUCAGACUGGUCCAGAACUUUCCGGAGAGCUUGGAGUUUUCAUGCACUGAGCUGAAAAACAUGACGCCAGAUGGAGACUCGACCAAGUCCCUUCUGGUUUAGUUUUCUUCACUGAACACAUACGACAAGCCUUGUCUUGCACUGGUAUCACAUGCUGACCCACCCGACCUUAUUCGCUCAUACGACGGGUGCUGACGUGUCGAACUUUGUAAAUGGUCAAAAAAGCUACUGGACAGAAGGCCGAUCCGAUGGUGCUACCGUGUUUCAAAGUCACUGUGUUUGAAUAUUCGGGAUGAAAACGACACAAACGUUUUUUUCCUGAGGUCGUUCAGUCGAACGGCUCCGGUGCAGAAGAAAAAAAAAAAAAAAGAAUGAAACAAUCACCGACUGUUCUCCAGGUACAGCUCUUUCUACUCUACUUUUUUGCAGAUUCACACACACAAAAAAAAGAAAAAAUCUCACUUUGUGUUGCCCACUUAUGUUGAGCACUUGAUGUUGUGGACACUUCAGAUUUUGGAAUGAGACUUGGACCUUGGCACUCCGAACAUAUUUACUUACACAGCUGGCAGCUACAUUUUGAGUUUGAGUGCUGUUUUGCUCUUCUUCAUGUCAAAGAUGCAGUAUGUAAAAAGUGUUUUUGUUCAGUCUCUCUCUCUCUCUCUUUGUAGCCGUUUGGUGUAUUAUGUGAAUACAUAGUGUAUGUGGUUUAAUCUCCACACUAUUGUUUUAUGAUGCGCAAUAAAUAAAAAAAAACACA